AUGAUAGCUAUUCAGAUUAAAGGUCAUACUGCAUCAGUGUCUAAUCCUUUUGUAGCAUACAGAAGUUUUAGGAAUUUCAGUCAUGAAAAUUUUGUAAAUGAUCUUGAACAAAUUGACUUUGAACUUCUUAUUGAUCAAGAGCAAGACGUUAACGUAGCAUAUGAAAAGUUUGAAACAGUUUAUAUGGAGGUUAAUGACAAGCCCAUACCAUUAAAACAAAGAAAAAAAAUUAACAAACCAACACCAUUUAUGAACAAGGAACUCAGAAAGGCCAUCUAUUUAAAGAAUAUGUUUUUUAACAAAUACAACAAAAUCAGGUCUAAUGAAAAUUGGGAGCUAUAUAGAAAGCAAAGAAAUCAAGUUAAUAAGAUCAAAAGAAAUUCAGUCAGAAAUUAUUUUUUAGAAAUAUGUGUAGGUGGACCUAAAGAUAAGGAUUUCUGGCCAACUAUUAAGCCAUUUCUGACAAAUAAAGGAAGUCAUUUUGAAAAUAACGUUAUACUUAGUAAGGAUGGAGAAAUAAUAAACAAUCAAGCAGAGGUGGCAGAAACUUUUAAUGACUAUUUGGUAAAUGUGGCUAAAGACAUAGGGGCAGUGAGCCGUAGCGUAGAUCAAGAUCAUCCAAGUAUUAAAGCAAUUUCUGAACAUGUACAUUUAGAUAAUGAAAUGGAAUUUAAACCCAUACAGACUACCCUUGUUGAACAGCCAAUAUAUAAAAUAGGUAUUAAAAAAGCAACAGGAAAAGAUUGUAUCUCUGUCAAAACACUUAAACUGUCAAACCCAACGAUAGCAAAACCUAUCACCAUGCUCAUUAAUAAGUCAUUUGAGCAAUGUGAAUUUCCGAAAAAACUUAAAGAGGCACAGGUUGUUCCACUUCAUAAGAAAAAUAGUCAAUUAGAAGUAGGUAACUACAGGCCUGUAAGCAUUCUACCAGCAAUUUCAAAGACUUUUGAGAGGGCAAUUUAUACACAGCUGUUAAAAUUUUUUGACAAUAUAUUCCACCCCUAUUUAUCAGCAUUUAGGCCAGGUUAUGGAUGUAAUACUGUGUUAAUGAAAAUCAUUGAAGGCUGGAAAAAAGCCAUUGAUAAAAACAAGUAUAUUGCUGCUGUGUUUAUGGAUCUCUCAAAGGCAUUUGAUUGCUUACCGCAUGACCUGCUACUGUUGAAAAUGAAAAUGUAUGGCCUCUCAGAUUCUGCUUGUACAAAGUUAUCUGUCAGAUAG